AUGGCGCUCGGCACCCGCCUGGCCGCGCCGCUCCGGCCGGCCCUGCGCCGGGCGCUCAGCACCCCGCCGGGGCCGGGGCCCGCGCUGGACCUGGCCGGCAUCUUCCCGCCCCUGACCACCCCCUUCUCGCCCGCGAUGGAGGUGGACUAUGCCCAGCUGGAGGGCAACCUGCGCCGCUACGCCAGCCUCCCCUUCCGAGGGCUGGUGGUGCAGGGCUCCAGCGGGGAGUACCCCUACCUGGCACCCCGCGAGCGGCUGGAGGUGGUGAGCUGCGUGCGCCGCGCGCUGCCCAGGGACCGGCUGCUGCUGGCGGGCGCGGGCUGCGAGUCCACGCGGGCCACCAUCGAGAUGACGGUCAGCGUGGCGGAGGCGGGGGCCGACGCGGCGCUGGUCGUGACGCCCAGCUACUACCAGGGGGCCAUGACCGGCGCGGCCCUGGUGCGGCACUACGCCGAGGUGGCCGAGGCGUCCCCCAUCCCCGUGGUGCUCUACAGCGUCCCCGCCAACACGGGCCUGGACCUGCCGCUGGAGGCCGUCCUCGCCCUGGCGCAGCACCCCAACGUCGCCGGGCUCAAGGACAGCGGCGGGGACAUCACCCGCCUGGCGCUGAUCGUCCACAAGACGCGGCAGGAAGAUUUCCAGGUGCUGGCGGGAUCGGCCGGCUUCCUGCUGGCCAGCUACGCCGUGGGUGCCGCGGGGGGGAUCUGCGCCCUCGCCAACGUGCUGGGAGCCCCGCUGUGCCGGCUGGAGCGGCUGUGCCGCGAGGGGCGCUGGCAGGAGGCCCGCGACCUGCAGCACCGGCUCAUCGAGCCCAACGCGGCGGUGACCCGCCGGUUUGGCAUCCCGGGGCUGAAGAAGGCCAUGGAGUGGUUCGGCUACUAUGGGGGGCCCUGCCGCCCGCCCCUGGCCCCGCUGAGCCCGACCCAGGUGGACGAGCUGAGAGAGACCUUCAGCGCCAACGGCUGGUUGUGA